AAAAGAAAAAGAGAAAACAACCUGCUCGGCCAUUCGGCUCCUUUCUGCCGCGGGGUGCGAGCAGAGUGGAGCGGCUCGGAGGAGGACGGAGGCUCCACAAAACCCAACAGGAAACCAAAAUAGAGGCAAGGAAAAAGGGCGCUUUAUCUGCAGGCGCCCUCCCCUGCUUUGUCUCUUUGGUCUGUGCCAUCCAUCUCACCAUGGACAGCCUGCUGAGCGGGGCCAGUAAAGGGGCCAGUGCCCUUCAGACAGCACAGACCUCAUCACGUCAUAGAUGCCACUCGCUGUCUUUACCCCUGUAUGACUGACUGUUAGGGAAACAAUAAAGCCGAAAUUCCUCUCAGCCCAAACAAAGGAGCCAUGCAUCCGCUGCGGUCCCUCACUGUCUUUUGCCUGCUGCCCCUGGCCUUGAUGCUAGAUGAAGACUCCCCGUUGGACUGUGUCCCUCGGAGAUCUGUACCUUAUCACAGGGACAACGCUCGUGUGUUUCACGAGGAGGGUGUGUUCAACUACUCCACCAUGCUUUUGAGAGAAGACCUGAACGUGUUGCUGCUGGGUGCUCGGGAGGCAGUGUACGCUCUCGACCUCAAUGACAUCUCCAAAAAACUUGCUGCAGUUAAAUGGGAAGUGACACAACAACAAGAAGAUGAAUGUAAAAACAAGGGGAAAGACCCUGAGACCGAGUGUAAGAACUACAUCAGAAUCCUGCAUAAGAUGGAGGAUGACAGGAUUUAUGUGUGUGGAACCAAUGCUUUUGAUCCGGAGUGUGACUACAUGUCUUACACAGAUGGGAAGCUAACUCUGGAGAAAAGGGCCGAGGACGGUAAAGGGAAGUGUCCAUUUGAUCCUUUUCAGAGAUACGCCUCUAUUAUGGUUGAUAAUGACCUGUAUUCUGCAACUUCAAUGAACUUCCUCGGUUCUGAGCCCAUCCUGAUGCGCAGCUCUCCUGUCUCCAUACGCACCGAGUUCAAAAGCUCCUGGCUUCAUGAGCCCAACUUUGUUUCCAUGGCUCAGAUGCCAGAGGGUGACAAGAGCGAGGAGGGAGAUGACGACAAAGUCUAUCUGUUCUUCAGUGAAACGGCUGUGGAGUGUGACUGCUACAACAAACUCGUGGUUUCCCGUGUGGCUCGCGUCUGCAAGGGGGAUCUUGGAGGUCAGAGGACUCUGCAGAAGAAGUGGACAUCCUUCCUGAAGGCCAGAAUGGACUGCCCAGUGCUGGAGUCCCAGCUGCCCUACAUUAUCCAAGACACAUACCGCUGGUGUGACCCCGAGAAGCACUGGAAGGAGUGUGUUUUCUACGCCGUCUUCACCCCACAGUCGGACACGUCGGGCCUGUCUGCUGUGUGUGCGUACCGUGUGUCUGACAUCAGCAAAGUGUUUGCGGAGGGGAAGUACAAGACCCCGGUCACCGUAGAAACCUCCUUUGUCAAGUGGGUGAUGUAUAGCGGAGAUGUCCCCGUCCCUCGGCCUGGAGCCUGUAUAGACAACAAGGCUCGGGAGGCAGGCAUAACUCAGACUCUGGACCUCCCAGAUCGGACCCUUCAAUUUAUCAAAGAUAGGCCCCUCAUGGACCAGUCCAUCCACCCAAUCGGACAGAAGCCUCUACUGGUGCGGAGGGGCGCCACGUUCACACGAAUCAUAGUGAAUGAGGUGCAGGCUGCAGAUGGCGAGAAAUACCACGUGAUGUUCAUCGGCACAGAGGAGGGCACAAUGCUCAGAGCAGUCAACUACAAUGGGGAGAUGUUCAUCAUCGAGGAAAUACAAGUCUUUCACCCCCCUGGGCCCAUUAAGAUUCUCAAGUUUUCUGAUAACAUGGGUCAUCUGUACGCCGGCUCAGACUCUGGAGCUGCACAGAUACCACUGGCCACCUGCGAGAAGUCAUCAACCUGCAUGGACUGUGUCCUCGCCAGAGAUCCAUACUGCGGCUGGGACACAGCUGUUAAGAAAUGCGUUCCUCUUUCUAAAUCGCAAAGUGAGCCAAUCCAGAGCGUGAAAGAAGGAGAUGCUUCUCUUUGUCCACCUGCUGACCCUGUCAAGCCUUCCAGUCUGGUGAUCUGGCCUGGUAGUAACCAGAAGCUGAACUGCCCCUCACCUUCCAACCUGGCUAAAACCAGCUGGGAGCGGGAGGGCAGCACCCUGGAGCCCUCCACUCGCCUCCAGUUUCUCCCAGACGGAUUGCUCAUUUUCAACGCCUCGGUCAAAGACGCUGGUCGGUACCGCUGCACCUCUGUGGAGCGCUCCAAAACGGAAAAGUAUACAUACACCGUGGUUGAGUACCAAGUGUCAGUAAACCCGGCCCGGUCUGGCAGAGGGGGUCUGCCGCUGCUUCCCCAGGCUCAGACUGAUGGUCCCUCAGUCACUGGACUGCAGGUUGCCGUUGCACUUCUUGUAAUUACCCUUCUGGCGCUUCUGGCCUGGAACUUUGUCAAAGGCCACCUACCUCUGCCGUGGAACUGUGGGAAAAAUGUCAGUGAACCACCACAACGCGGGCACGGCGAGGAAGCUCUGAACUCUGCUUCAAGGCCUCCGCCUGUAGAAGACAAGCUGCUGGUGUCAGAGGUGGACUACACCCCCAGGAACAACAACCACACCAGAGAGGAGGGCGCUUCUCUCCAGUACAUCGAUGACGAGUCUGAAAUUUGAAAAGCACAAGCAGGACUUAUUUUUCCACUGCCACAGUUUGAGCCAAUGAGAGCAAAUUUAUAAAUAUGGAACAGAUCUUUGUCAGGUGCUGCUGCCGGGAAGGAAUAAAGAUUUUGACCGUCAAUAUCGUCGUCGUCCAAGAAGCCGGUCACGGUCACGUGUAUGUUUGAGUUGGAGUUUGUUUUUGUUUGGAGCAAUAAAUGGACAUAUCUUUAAACUGCAAGCGAUCGCCUCAGACUCACUUCAUCCCAGCUGUAAAAAUGUUGAGGCGUCAAUCCUUCAAAUCCGGGAGAAGCACCUCAGGGGCUUCAAGCCUCAACAGCCACUCGACAAAUGGCUUUUUUUUUUUUUUUUUUUUUUGUUAUUGUUGCUUGACUGGAUGCAUCGGUUCAUGUGUGAUUUGUGAGAGGUAAAAACUCCACAUUCAAGGUGUUUACAGCAAAUUGGAGCUGACUGGACUGCUUGAGACUGAACACCAAAAAAAAGUUUCCUUUUUGUCCAAGUAGGAAAUACUUGAAUUACUGCCUCGCCUUUCUCUUUAUAUGCAAAUGUUUUUGGAUUUCCUACUAAUUGCCUUUAUAGAGUAGGAUAUGUUGCGCAUGUUUGAUGUUCACAAGAAAUCUCGUUGAGAGAGCGAUCCGAGUCACCAUAGCGACACCAGGCAUCAACCACCAGCAGCUUGACCCGUUUGGCAAAAAUACUCCAGCCUGGGUUGGUAGCUUGACUACGGUAAUCGUGAAAAGCCUCCAUCUUGGUGACAGCGGAAUCUGGUGAGCCAAUUGUGGGGACAGGCUUUGGUGGUUGUGGAAACCGUGCACAGUGGACAAUAUUCAUCCUGGUGCCAUGGGAUUUUAUUGCAACAGAAACAAUCUGCAAAUACAAAAUAAACAGGAUACUUCUUCAAUAUUG